AUGCAAGACUCUGAACAAAUUAAAAAUCAGUAUAUGUCUGUUAGUUUGGAUGAUAUAGUUAAAGCAAAUAGGGCAGCAAAAAAGGGAAGAGGAUCAUUCAAUAAAGGGGGUGAUAAACCAACUACAACAACCAAAGAAUCAUCUACCUCACCAAAAUUAAAUGUAUUAGAGACAUCACUCGAUGAUAUUGUUAAGUCACAAAAGAAACCAUAUAUUAAAAAAUCACAAAAUCAACAACACCAACAUCAACAAUUUAAAGUUACAAUCAAUAACAACAACAACUACAAUAAUAAUAAAUAUAAUCAACCACAUGGUAGCCCACAAUUCCAAAAUAGAGGGUUAUUUAAUAGAAAUCAACCACAACAACAACAACAAUUUGUAAAUAGUAAUAAUAGAUUUAAUAAAAACAAUGUAUCACCAAAUUAUAUUAAAAAGUACCCACAAUAUCAUAACAAUAGUAGAUUAAAGAAUAUACCAAGAACAUCGAUUACAGAUAGUAUAGAUCAUAAAUUUUUCGAUCCAAGAGGUAUUAGAGACUAUAGUCAAGUGAAAAAGCCUACAACUGCAUCAAUGAACGAUAAUACUAAAGAUAAUACCACCAAUGGUAACAAUAAUAGCAAUAAUGCUGAUGAUGCCGAUGAAUUGGAAUAUGAUGAAAAAGGUAAUGAACUCAGUUUUAGUGUAAAGGUUGUAAAUUUACCAAAAAGUAUUAUACCUUCCGAUAUUGCUUAUAUGUUUGGUGUUAUUGGUUCCUUAAAAGAUUUUGAAUUGGAUACAAACAAUUCAACUGCUACCGUUAUAUUUAAAAAGAAAACUCAUGCUUUGGCUUCAAUUGAAAGAUAUAGUGGUGUAGAACUUGAUGGUUCACUCUUAAUCUUAUAUGAAGCUGAAAAUCCACCAAAACAAACUUCACCACCAACUACAACUACUACUACCACUUCUACUACCUCUACCACUACUACCGCUACAACUGAAGAAUCAAAUGUCGAAACAAACCCAACAACAACAACCUCUGAAGAAAUGGAAGAUAAGGAAAUGGAAGAAUAG